AUGCUGUCAUAUGCUUGCUACAAAAGAGGAACUCCUUUUUCCAUCGUCAUAGCUAUGGAUCUCAGGAACGAUGUGGCAAGUCGUAUUUCGGCAGUCAUCUUUGCUUACAUUGGUGAUAAAUACUGGAGGAUCGCUGAUCCAAUCGGAGCGAUCGUGUUGAGCACGAUAAUAGCAAUAUCGUGGUUUCGUCAUGCCGUUGAGAGCGUACCUCAGCUCGUAGGACGUCGAGCGGAGCAAGAAGAAGUGAGCCGAAUACUGCGGAUCGCUAUCGAACAUGACGAAAGAAUACGAUGCCUGGACCAUUUCAUGGUCUACCACAUGGGUACAAAAGCUUUUGUCGAGUUACAUAUUGUUAUGGAUGAACGUUUACCGCUGAAGGUAUGUAGACGUUUCAUUAUUCACGUAGUUCCUUAUAACGGCCAAUUCCAUGAGCUUUUCCUGAUUAUUACAACCUGGGAUAUUUCCCAAGAAGGACGGCCUUGUUUACAAUAUCAUCUCAUGUACUGUUCACCUUUGGAUUUUCAUUAUGUAAUUUAA